AUGCGACUUGAGCAAUUGGCUGUAGUCGUGAUUUUGGUGGCGACAGCGACGAUCGUCACUGCUAAGAAUGCAACGAUAUCAGACGGAACACACCCAACGAAGUCGGGCAUCAAGGUUUGGGUCGAUCCGGCGACACCCGACAAUCGCCAGACUUACACCAGUUCACGUGGUCGAAAAUGGCAUCUCGUGAUGAGUGACGAGUUUAAUACGCCAAAUCGAAGUUUUCGGCCGGGCGAUGACCAUAUUUGGACCUCUUUGGAGAAACCGGACGGUGUCAAUGGUGCACUCGAGCUCUACGCGCACAACAUGACAUCUACUAGAUGUGAUGAUGACGGCACGUGCUAUUUUUUCAUCGAGGCAGUAGAUGAAUUGAAUAUCAUUCGCGUCUACAACAUGUACAAGCAUCCACCAGGACUUGUUGAUGUUCCCUUCUACUACCGUGCGGGAAUGGUGCAGUCGUGGAACAAGUUUUGUUAUCAAGGUGGUAUGCUUGAGGUACGAGCACAAUUGCCAGGAGCAGUGACAAAGGAGUCUGGAAACCCAGAUCUUGCAAAAGGGAAUAGUGGUAAGGUCAGAGCACGCAAAUACUACCCAACGUGGCCUGGUAUUUGGAUGCUAGGAAAUCUCGGACGAGCCAUCUUCUCCGCCUCCACAAAUCGGAUGUGGCCUUUUUCGUACGAUGCGUGUGAGCCCGACUUGCUGGAUCCGAAAUCUCAGCGCAUUAGUGCUUGCAAUGACAAUCCUGGAUACGGUCUGAACCCCAAUCAAGGUCGAGGUGCUCCUGAAAUUGACAUUCUUGAAGGCGCAGCGGAUUUGAUUUCGUCGUCGAUUCAAAUUGCUCCAGGAAUGCCUUAUGAAUACCGUAUGAUGGGCAUUGAUACAUCCCAAGAUCAUCCUUCGUGUAUCUACACUUCGACUUGCAACACGAAAGGCGGGAACUUUAUAGGUGUACCAACCGCGAUCUAUAAGGCUCGCGGCUACAAGUCUUGGUAUCAGGGCCUGCGUUACGCUGCAAAUAAUUUUUGCGCACCUGAUUCCAAAGCAAAACAGGAGUACGCCACAAUCGCUACAUCGGUGAAGGCUGGCGUUACCGCGAAUAUUUGCUCAGUCGACACUUGUCCUGCUUCGAACGAUGUGUACGGAGACUUGGGUCUCAUUGACGGCAGUGGGAAAACUCGCUGGGGUAUAAAUGAUAAUGGCACGUGUUACCCGUUGUACAACGUCUACACCGGUACGUACCUCUGUGAUCCUGACAAUACGUAUUCGAAAUGCGCGAAGCCGCGAGACGAGAAGACGCCGAAAUCCAAUAUAAUGAGCUCGUUCCACUACCAAAUGGAUGCCAUCUCCGCCAAUUGGCCUACGCAUGUCGGUCUUUAUACUGAGUUUGUCGUUUAUCAGCUCGAAUGGGUGACAGGCAAGAAUGGAUAUACUCGAUGGAUGCUAGAGGGCAAUCCGUUGUAUGAGAUUUCAUCCAAGUCCAUUGUAGACGUCCCUCAAAAUUCCAAAAAAACGAAUCCGCAAAAGAUAAUGGUGGAAGAACCGCUUUACAUUAUUUUCAAUGUAGCGUUGUCAAGCACUUGGGGUAUAACACCUCCAAAUGUAGGCAAAGAGUGUCGCGGCGAUGGUUCUGACGAAGUGGUCAACAAGAUCUGCGACUCUUUUCCGAUGUAUAUGAAAGUGGACUACAUGCGGCUAUACCAAGACCUCGGAGACGAUCUUGACGCUGACAACUACAUGCAAGUUGGUUGCGAUCCAGCCAGCCACCCAACUAAGGAGUGGAUCGAGGGACACAUUGAUGAAUAUGAAGACAACAACAAUAUGCACAAGGAGGUAUCCGGCAAGGCAUUCUGUACCAUCGAUGACGACUGCUCAGUCGGCGGAUCUUUGGGCAAAAAUACGAUGAAGACAGGCAAAUGCGUGAAGUCGCGUUGUGAGUGCAUAUACUCCUUUUCAUGGGGCGGACCACGGUGCACAACUGCCAUAUCGUCCAGUUCUUCCAGCACGACCAAGACAUUUACCUCAGCAAAUCCGUAUGGUCCUUCACUGGAACUAUCCAUUGGCGUCGCUGCAUUGUUAAUCUUCUUGAGCUUCGCUUCCGUGAUAUGGUCCAUUAAGAAGAAAAAUGAGAACGACUUGAAGCUUAAGAGACAAAAACUUGAUGCAUGA